UUUUUGAAUUCAGUUUUUUUGUUAUUUUUUUAUUUUAAUUAUUUCAACCCUUCCACGAGCGUGUUGUUCAUUCUCUUCGCGACUCUUGCAUCAACUCCAACUCUCCAACCACAAUCGAUUAUUCAUUCAAACAUGGUUUGCUUGUUUUGCUUAUUGCCCCUUUUCCUCGUUCCGCUCGUGAACGUAUUGCCGAUUCUCUUCUACUAUGUUCUGGGAAAAGUAUAUCGGCUUUUGGGAUGGGAGUUUAGGAAACCGGAGAUUGUCCCUCCAUCAUGUCCUUACAAGCCAGCAGCCAAAACGGAGAGUAAAGUUGAAGCAGAAGCUGUCCCGGCUGUAGAACCUGUUAAAGUGGGAGGAGUAGAUGUCAAGCAGGACUAACAAGGGGUCGCGACAUAAAGUGUAAGAGCAUGGAAAUAAAUAUGAUCCCAUAAGAUGGUUUAUGUAUAUAACAGUUAUUACUAUUUAAUUAUUAAGAAAUUACAUUGCAUGGGACUGAGAUAGUUUGUAAGUUUGAGCAAGAUGAAACAAAACAUGUUUAAAUUUGCUGACAUUUGAUUACAAAGAACACUUGAACUAGUUGGGAUUGUUUUCUUUC